AUGUCGCUGCUGCCCAGGGGCUGCCGCGGCGCCGCCGCUACCGCUGCCCGGCGACUGCUGCUGCUAUCGGGGCCUCACGCGCGGGUGUCAGAAAGCCAUGUGUGUAACCAGUACGGAACAUCAAGUUCUUUGCCUGAGGAGACAAAAAAAAUUCUCCAAAAUGGACCAGACUUAGAGGACUUUGUAUCAGGAGAUUUGGCAGAUAAGAGUGCGUGGGCUGAGUACAAAGGCAAUUUAAAGCGUCAGAAAGGAGAAAGGCUACGACUUCCUCCAUGGCUGAAAACAGAGAUUCCCAUGGGCAAAAAUUACAAUAAACUGAAAAAUACCUUGAGGAGUUUAAAUCUGCACACGGUAUGUGAGGAAGCACGUUGUCCCAACAUUGGGGAAUGCUGGGGAGGUGGUGAAUAUGCUACAGCUACAGCUACUAUUAUGCUGAUGGGUGACACGUGCACUAGAGGCUGCAGAUUUUGUUCAGUAAAGACAGCAAAAAAUCCACCUCCACUGGAUCCCGAGGAGCCUUAUAACACAGCAAAAGCUAUUGCUGAGUGGGGCUUGGACUACGUUGUAUUGACAUCGGUGGACAGAGACGAUAUGCCUGAUGGUGGAGCAGAACACUUCGCAAAGACGGUCUCCCAUCUGAAAGAAAGGAACUCAAAAAUAGUUGUGGAAUGCCUUACCCCUGAUUUCCGAGGGGACCUUAAGGCUGUGGAGAAGGUAGCACUGUCAGGGCUGGACGUGUAUGCCCACAACGUGGAGACCGUUCCGGAAUUACAGAGGAAAAUCCGCGAUCCCCGAGCCAACUUCGAGCAGUCCGUCCGUGUGCUGAAGCACGCCAAGGAGGUGCAGCCCCGUGUCAUUUCCAAGACAUCCCUCAUGCUAGGGCUGGGUGAGACAGAUGAACAGGUGUUUUCAACGAUGAAGUUGUUGCGUGAAGCAGGUGUGGAUUGUUUGACUCUAGGACAAUACAUGCAACCAACAAAACGUCACCUAAAGGUUGAGGAGUAUGUAACACCUGAAAAAUUCAAAUACUGGGAAAAAGUAGGAAACGAUCUUGGAUUCCAUUACACAGCUAGCGGGCCUCUAGUGCGUUCCUCCUAUAAAGCAGGUGAAUUCUUCUUGAAGAACUUGGUGGAAAAAAGAAAGACGAAAGUCAUCUGAAAAGGAGAGUGAGCCUAUUUAAAGCAGCCAGUUCUAAGGAUCCUUUUUCAGCACAUAAUUAUACCCAGUUCCAGAAAUACAGAAGACCAGAUGGCGGAGGCACGAAAACUUACUAUCUUUCCAGAACAUUUUACUCUUACCAAAACACUGUUAUUGUACCUAACUCCUGGCAAUGCUACAACUAUGUAGUCCUUCCAGCAUUAAGUAGUAAGUCAGAAGACAGAAUUGAUUUUGAAAGAGCAAAGUGAUUGAGGUAAGCUGAAAAAUAAUCAGAGGUUUAAGUAAAGAUUUGAUGCUACCAUCAAUGUUGCUGCAAUUAGAUACUGCUUCAGAUGCCAAUAAUAGGUAUUUUGAAAGGCAGUGAGAUCUUGCUGUGUCUUACCAUUACUAUGUAACACAAGCUUGCAGGGACUGUGGGAAAUAAAGGAAUUACAAAAAAGCACACAUGACAAAGGACCACAUUAGGAUUAUUUUGAACCACACCAGAGAAGUACUGUUAAUUCAAGACAUUAUGUCUUUUGCCUGCAUCUUAAGAAAAUUAACUGUGCCAUUCUGAGAGCUAAUGCUUUGCAGGUGUCUCAAAGGAUGAGUUUCAAUUAGGGGAUGAGGUGAAGAAAACAAGAUAGUUAACUUUGUAUAGAUAUCAAUUUAAAACACUAGGAAAUUGAUAGCAGCAAAGAGGGAGCCACCUUUAGCUUGGGUAUGUAUGUGACUGUAACAAACCCCUCUGCUUUCUACAGAUGCUGCUUCAGCAUUGAGUGUCCAGAUUUGUGCAUAUCCUGUACUGUAAUUCUGCUCUGUUGUUGCCUGGGGAUUAAAGUUCUAUACCCCACCUGAGCGUGUGGAGGUUGCAUUCAGUCUGGGUGCCUGCCCCAGGGGAUUUGAUCUGAGUGUUUACUCUUCUGCAUUCAGAUUUAACUGCACUGUGGCUGAAAUGUAAAGUCUGUUAUGUACUGUACUAAGCUCAGGUAGAAAUAAAAGCGUGGCAUAUGGUAUAAUA